AUGAGUUAUCAAUAUUUGAAAAGAGCAAGAAAAAUCAUAUGUAUAGGUAGAAACUACGCAGCACAUAUAAAAGAAUUAAACAAUCCUACUCCUAAGCAACCAUUUUUCUUUUUAAAGCCAUCAUCUAGCAUAAUAACACCUAUUUCACUAGAACAUGAAAAGAAAUCAUUGCCAAAUAAUUCAAGUUUCCAUGGUUUAAAUGACGAUGGCACAAACCCUGGUCCAAUUUAUAUCCCUAGACAAACUAUUGUUAAUCAUGAAAUAGAAUUGGCAUUGGUGAUGGACAAAUAUAUCUCUAAUGUGACUUCUGAAGAGUUCCUAGCUAGUGAUGUAUAUGAUGCCAUAAGUGGUGUUGCAUUAGCGUUAGAUUUAACUGCAAGAAAUGUACAAGAUGAGGCUAAAAAAAAGGGUUUACCAUGGUCGAUUGGUAAAGGUUUUGACACAUUUCUACCAAUAUCACAGUUCAUUCCAAAAGACGUCUUUAUUAAGGACAAAGAAGAUUUACAGAAUGCAUUUAGGGUAACUUGCUCCGUAAAUGGUGAAUUAAGACAAGAUGAUAGUACAAGAUUGAUGUUAAACCCACUUCACAAGAUUAUUCAACACAUCUCUACUAUGAUCUCUUUAGAGCCUGGUGAUAUUAUCCUAACAGGUACACCAUCAGGAGUAGGACCAAUCAAUCCAGCUGAUGAAAUAUCUGGUGAAUUAUAUUAUCAUGAAGAUAAAUUAGUUGACAUGAAAUUUUCUUGUGAAACCAGACCAGGACCAUACGUAUACAGAGAAACUUAA